AUGGUUGUCCUGAAUCCAGUGACUCUGGGAAUUUGUCUUCAGCUUUUCUUCCGUUUCCUCACAUCUCAACCGACUGUCAUCAACAGCGUCCUCCCAAUUCCUGCAGCGCUUCCCGGCCUGGAGCAGAAGAAGAGAAGCAGCCACAGAAUCUGCUGCCGGCUGACGCCCCCGCCGCCCCCCUUGUUCCCACCGCCGCCGUUCUUCAGAGGGGGCCGCAAUCUGCUUCUCUCCUCAGACCUGAAGAAUCUCAUCCUGGAGCUUGAGUCCACGCAGACCCCAUGCGCACGUGGAUCGCUGAGCUCGCCCGGGCCCCCGGGCCCCCAGGGUCCACCGGGCCUACCUGGCAAGACAGGACCCAAAGGAGAAAAGGGGGAGCUCGGCCGGCCUGGGAGGAAGGGGAGACCUGGCCCCCCGGGUGUUCCUGGUGCGCGUGGGCCUGUGGGAGGACCUGGCCCUGAAGGACCCAGGGGUGAAAAGGGUGACCCGGGCAGGAUGGGCUUGCCAGGCUCCCGAGGACCAGCGGGCUCCAAGGGCUACCCUGGAUCCAGAGGGGAAAAGGGAUCCAGAGGUGAAAGGGGAGACCCAGGUUCCAAAGGAGAAAAGGGCUUCCCUGGAGCUCCCGGCAUGCUGGGGCAGAAAGGGGAAAUGGGCCCAAAGGGGGAGCCUGGGAUAGCAGGACACCGGGGGCCCACAGGAAGACCAGGAAAACGAGGCAAGCAGGGGCAGAAGGGAGAUAUUGGAAUCAUGGGCCCUCCAGGCAAGCCUGGGCCUUCUGGUCAACCUGGCCGACCAGGACCUCCAGGCCCACCCUCAGCCGGACAUCUUAUAAUGGGACCCAAAGGGGAAAGAGGACUUCCCGGGCCUCCAGGAAGAUGUCUGUGUGGGAACCCCUGGAAUGUGAACAACCCCUCCCAUGGGGAGUCAGCGUCUGGGCCCAGCUCCCCUCAAGUCCCCGUGAUUUUCGUGGUGAACAACCAGGAGGAGCUGGAGCGGCUGAACACCCAGAAUGCGAUCGCCUUCCGCAGGGACCAGAGAUCUCUGUACUUCAAAGACAGCCUUGGCUGGUUCCCUAUUCAGCUGACGCCGCUCUACCCCGGGAACUACGGUGUUGCCCGCCACAGCACCUGUGGGGACGGAGUCCUACAGCCUGGGGAGGAAUGUGAUGACGGGAACAACGACGCGGGGGACGACUGCAUCAGCUGUCACCGGGCCUACUGUGGAGACGGUCACCGGCACAGGGGUGUGGAGGACUGUGACGGCUCUGACUUUGGCUACCUGACGUGUGAGACGUACCUGCCCGGGUCCUACGGAGACCUGCAGUGCACCCCUUACUGUGCCAUCGACUCCACGCCCUGCCGCUAUUUCACGUGAGGGCCACGAGGCGCAGGUGGGCGCCACAUCCCCGCAUGGGCAGCAGUUUCCCCGUCUGGUCCAG